GCCGCCAAGAGGAGACAGACCGCGAUAGAGAGGGACCGGUGCCGCUGCUGUGCUCAGACAAGCUGCUGUCUAUGCCCCGCCACAGAGCUUUAUAAAGAGGAGAACCCGAAGCGCAGCGCAGGAGCGAACACCGACUACACACAAUACACUGGCGGAAGACAGCAAAAGGAAGACUUUGUACCGGCAGAUAGCGCCUGCUGAAUCCCUCCACACACACACACACACCUUCAUGUUGUGGGAUUAACGAUCGGUGCGUAAAGUUGAUGACCUGAUCGGUGCGUCCUCCGCCUCCACAUUUCCCAUUAUUCCUGUCCUCUUUUUGGGGGGAGGAUCGCUGCGUUCCUGAGGUCCCGGUGUUCCGGCUCCAGCGUGGAUUUUUGGACCCCAUCAUAGUGUCUUUGUCUGUGGAUGCGCGAGCCUUGUUGGAUGAGAUUUCAAGACUCAUCGUGCGGAAUUACAACCAUGAACUUUGUUGUUAGUUUUCUACACAUCCUUCUGGCAGCGGUUGUUCACCUAUCCACUGUAAAGACUGCCAGCAUUAACAAGGGAGUGGACAAGAGUAAAAAUGAGGUCGUCCCUCUCACAGAAGUCAUCACCAAGAGUAUGUGUAAGCCCAGGGAGGUGCUGGUGGACAUCGUCCAGGAGUACCCAGAGGACACAGAACACAACUACAUUCCCUCCUGCGUGGUCCUCAACCGCUGCGGGGGCUGCUGCAAUGACGAAGCAAUGGAGUGUGUACCCACAAAAACCCACAAUGUCACGUUGCAGGUAAUGCGGGUGAGACCGAUGGUAACGCAACACACUCUUGACUUAAGUUUCACAGAGCAUCAAGAGUGUGAAUGCAGACUGAAGCCAGACGUUCAAGCAAAGAAAGAAUACCACUGUGCGCCUUGCUCAGAGAGAAGAAAGCGCUUGUUUGUGCAGGACCCUCUCACCUGUAAAUGCUCCUGCAAAUACACACAGUUAGACUGCAAGUCCAGGCAGCUUGAGUUAAACGAGAGAACUUGCAGAUGUGACAAACCGAGGAGAUGAGACCAGUAACACUGUUAUGAAGGAAUUCUUUUCUUGGCACAGCACUUUGAAACCUGAGGAUGCAUUCCCUGCAAGGACACGAAACGACAACGCAAGACAGGACAUUCUGGAUGCAGAUCUUGCCACUGUCAGUUUUCCGGCUAAAGAUAUUAAUAUAUAUGUACGUAUAUGACAAGUACAUCGACAAUGUGUAAUGCUGCUACAUAAAAAGACACUAUUUAAGCGAAACGAAUGCGCCACUGGCGUGUGAAUGGGAAAUGUUUCAAUGGCGUUCUGCUUGAGGGUGGAUCUGAUAGAAGAAUUAUUUUAUGUAACACUUCACUGGAUGCUAGUCUGCUGUGGAUAUGAAUAUCUGAAAUAUUUCUAAGCAACAAAAACUGGUGACUUCGACGAGCAGUGCAGCAGAAGCCGAACUCGCCUCCGAGCUCUGACAGAAGAGACGAACAAGGAGGCGUAGGCCGAGGAACGCCUGUUGUACUUGAACUGAACAGCACGUCCGAAAACUGCUUCCCUCUGUGACAUGAUGUGAAGUUUUGUGUCCACUGUAUGGACUGACACCAGCUGGUGUGAGAAUGCAACCAAAAAAGUCUCUCAGAGUUUCCUGAAGUGACUGUGGAUGCAGGUUUUGUGCCAUGGUGACGGAUAAUGUGAAGAUGACCUUGUUCCCUCAUGGAAGGGUUAUGUGACGAUGGCAAGAACUGGACUAAAGCUUAGCUAAUGGCAAAGUUUUAGUGAGUAAAGAGAUUUUAGACAAUUUUGGGCUAGGGUUAGGCCUACCCUAAGUCCAAGCAAGUAGGGUUAGGGUUAGGCCUAACCUUAGGUGGGAACAAGUAAACAACAUAACUGUUAAAUUUAAGGGUAGAUAGAGUUUCCAUCAGGGUUAAAGGUAUGAAACCACUGCCUGUUCCUGGGCCUGCCUCCUUCAUGUAACCCUUCCCCAGUGGGGAAACAGAUUUGUCUGUUUGUGCACAGAGUUAAUUAUUAUUUGCAUUUCGAGGUAUUGUGUUCCUUUCACACAAAUGUUGCAAGACCAGGCUGUCUAAAGGGAUAUUACUGUAGGUAUAUAUGGGGACAAGAAGUGAGUAGAUGAGCUGAUCACAGGUCAGAUCAGCACCUCACUGUAGAAAUCCACAACCUUCCAGUUUCCUUAUUUAUGGCUUUGUGUGUGUUCCAAAGAAACAGUCAGGCAUCCACAACAGAGCAGUUUAUCGUAAACGAUCUGUAUAUACUUACUAGAUAUCCCUUUGUCUAGUACACUACAUCUAAUUUAUAGAAUAUCCUCAGUAUUCUGUAUUCUGAUAUUUAUAUGCAGUGUUAAGGUUAUUUUUGUUUGUACUCCUCAACUGUUUUCAAUCUGUCUGGAGAUUGAACAGAGAACACGUUUGACUGUAGACUUUUUUUUUUAUGUGGGGAAAAAGGACUGAGAGACAAUGCUUUGACAUUCCUGAUUUAAACUAAAGCUGUGUUUCUCACCAGCCGGAGGGGGAUCAUGGUGGGCCUGUUGACCGAUAGAAACCCCAGCCACGAACAUGUGUGUGGAUGAUGCGCCAACACAGGUGUUUUUCAUUUUGGACUGGGACGAUGGGACAUGUGGUUUUGCACUUGUGGGCCCAAAUGCACGUCAUAUGGAGGACUGAAGGAGUCUCGUUGCUGCUGCUCAGCUCGGACCUAAUUUAGUGAAGACUGUCCAAUCAGGCUGAGGCCUCUAGUCUGACGGUGGCGAACUGGCACCGUGUUUUCUCUGACUUUGACCCAGGCGCUAACAGAACGCCCACAUUCCUAAGUAUUACACUGUUGUGGUUCAGCAGGAUGCAGCCUCUCAUUACGAAUUAAACUCUUCCUUUAAUGCUAAACUGUUACCAUAUGAGAAAAAGACCUUCGUCAGUGAUGAGACAGAAAAAAUAGGAAAUGAAAAAAGGAUGGUAAGCACCCUAUCUAUAAAAAUGAGUGAAGAUGAAACAAUUAAGUUGCAAUAGGAACGAUUAAAAAUACCUUUGUUAUAUAUAAGAUAAAAAAUGUUGAGGUCACUUAAAUACAAUAUGUGCUAGCAUGCAUUUUGUAUACAGUUGUUUUUUUUUAAAUAUAUUAAUAAUUAUGUGAUUCAGCCAAUCAUAGGCUGCCAAGUAUCAAAAUACUUGUGUUCAAGAUAUAGUCAUUUGUACUCUCGAGUUAGUAUUAGUUAGUAUCUAUGCCCUUGAAAUAAUAACUUUAAUCUCAUACAAGAACCAAAACAAAACUGAAAAAGACUCUAUAGGGCAUCAAGAGUAAAACUGUGUUAAACCCUUAAACACAGAAAAUACUUUUAUCUCAGUCAGAAAUAAUUUCAUUAUGUGUGCACCCAGCAAGUAAACAAUAAGUGCCGAAACGUCCAAUUUAAAAUGUGACAGCGAGCGUCAACUGCACGAAAACAUGUAAAAUUAUUAUUUAUUUGAAGGAACGAAUGACUUACUUAGACAAAUUAUUGGUGUAAACUCCUGACUGUACGACCUGUGCUGCUCAGCACAAUAUUGUCAGAAAAUGGGUCAAGACUCCAAGUCAGUGAUUUUGACUUUAUACUCAGAUAUUGGUCCUUUUUCUACAUCCAGUGAAUCCUGCCUGUGUUUGUGUUAGUGCCAGCUGUUGAACCUGCUGUUCAUAUGAACCGACCGUCUGUGCUGCCGCCGUCAGACUGGAGGCCUGAGAGUGUGUUCACUGAGCCCACCCCUCUCCAGUCCUCUGAUCAUGACAACAUUCUAAUUGUAUUUAAAUGACAGACUUUUUCUUGAGUUUGUACAGCCACACAUUUUUAGUAUAUUUUCACAUUAAUAUAUUUAUUGGUGCUGUAAAAUGUUUUGCAAUAUUAAUACUCUGUUGUUUCUAGUGUAAGUAUUAAAACAUAUUUAUUUU